AUGUAUUGUAUGAAAAUACUUUCACGAGUAACCUCCCUUGAACUUUUGAAAUUGGUCAGCCAAGUCAAUGUUUGUCGUAUGUUGAGCAGUAAUGUGUAUGUACAAGAUACUAAUAUAACACACGGAGAAGAUGCUAUUAUAAAAUGUGAUCCUGAACCACAUUUAGAACAGUUAGAAGUAAUAUGGUAUAAAUUUAAUCAACCAUUGGAAUCGGUGCCUGGUUUAUAUCCUAGAAUACAUUUAACAGAUCAUAAUCACACCUUAACAAUUAAACAGGCCAAGUAUCUUAAAUUGACGAGUCGUCAUUUAAAGACUCAAACACAGAUAAUUCUGGACACAAAUGGAAUUGAAGACUCAAAUUUCGACGCUGCCGUGGACGCAGGUGAAUAUAGAUGUGAUAUUAUAUUUUAUCAUGGUUUUAAAAGGUUAGAACAAACAUUUACCAAGACAGCAAAAAUGUAUGGUAAGCCGAAAAUAAUAGACAGUGGUACCUCAAGUAGGAAAUUUACAGUGAUGAAGAACGAAACUUUGAGACUGGUGUGCAGUGUUACCGGUUAUCCCUCACCGGAUGUCGUCUGGUUGAAAAAUGGUGAGAUUGUGCGAGAACAAAACAUAGCCAGUUCCAAACGGGCACCAUUUCUAAUAACCUAUACUAUCAGAAACCUGUCUAAAUCCGACGCUGGAGAAUACGCCUGUUCGUUUGAGAAUAUGAUGGGUAGGGCCAUUAAGACAAUCCAGGAGUAUAAAGUGGUGAAUAUCAGUGACAGAUUGAAUAUUGGCGGGAGAUUUGCAGGUGAUAACAUGUACAUGAUAUAUUGA